AUGGCAGCAUUUGAGAAGAAGCUGCUCAUAGUGGGAGAUGGAGCAUGUGGGAAGACCAGUCUGCUCAUUGUCUUCAGUGUAGACCGGUUCCCCGAGGUCUACGUGCCCACUGUCUUCGAGCAAUAUGUACUUGAGUGAAUCUGCUAUAUAAACACUUCCCUUGUAACUGAAGUGCUCAGUCAGGUGCCAUUUUGUGUCAUACCUGCCAAUUUAGUGCAUACACUGUGACCUAUAGUCUUUAUGAUUAUUUAGAAUGUUUGAUCAUACAGGCAUAACAUUUUUUGAAAUAAACGUGUGUCAUAUAAAACCCUAUGUGCAUCUAUUCAUAUGCACAAAAUAGGACCAGACUGGAAAACUCUGUUAACACACGUACAUUCUUUGUGUAAUAAUAACUUUGUUUAUCUUAAUCAUGCCUCAACUCUGCCUGGUCACACCCGUGAAACUAGCCAACCACCAACACAUAAUCAAAUACCUGUAGCGCAGGAGUGCACUGCUAGCAUAUCUGUGGUGUUCUUCUCUUCACCCAGUGGUUGCAAGGGAAGCAUUAUAUAAAUGUGACUUUUGAGGGCAUUUGUUAAAGAAGACUUUACCGGAGGAAAGAAACAUAGGUAGUGCACUAGAUAAGGUGUCCCAGAUUUGACCUUUGUUCUCUGUCGCCAUUUCCUGCCUGUACAUAAAGUCAACACUGCACAGCAGAGGUUUGUCGCCUGUAAAGUUGUACAAGUUUAGAGCAUGUUGUAAACAUGUUUGUUUUUAUGUUAAUCAAAUACUUUGUAUGUUACAUGCUUUAAGUAGUUUGUAGGCUUCAUUAUCUCUUUCUGGAAUGUGGAGGUUUUACCCUCCCCAUUCAGGCCUAACUUUAACAUCAAGGAAAGGUUUGAUCAUUGAGUAUGAGGAAACAUUUUACAUUUACAUUUUAGUCAUUUAGCAGACGCUCUUAUCCAGAGCGACUUACAGGAGCAAUUAGGGUUAAGUGCCUUGCUCAAGGGCACAUUUACGUCAUUUAGCAGACGCUCUUAUCCAGAGCGACUUACAAAUUGGUGCAUUCACCCUAUAGCCAGUGGGAUAACCACUUUCCAAUUUUAUUUUUAUUUAUUUUUUUAUUUUUUUGGGGGGGGUAGAAGGAUUACUUUAUCCUAUCCCAGGUAUUCCUUAAAGAGGUGGCGUUUCAAAUGUCUCCGGAAGGUGGUGAGUGACUCCGCUGUCCUGGCGUCGUGAGGGAGCUUGUUCCACCAUUGGGGUGCCAGAGCAGCGAACAGUUUUGACUGGGCUGAGCGGGAACUAUGCUUCCGCAGAGGAAGGGGAGCCAGCAGGCCAGAGGUGGAUGAACGCAAUGCCCUCGUUUGGGUGUAGGGACUGAUCAGAGCCUGAAGGUACAGAGGUGCCGUUCCCCUCACUGCUCCAUAGGCAAGCACCAUGGUCUUGUAACGGAUGCGAGCUUCAACUGCCUAAGGCAUGUUCACGAAGAUGAUCAGGGACCCUGGGCAUCUUUCUUUAGUUUUUUGUUCAGAGUCAGUAAAAAGGCCUCUUUAAUGUCCUAAGUUUUCAUAACUGUGACCUUAAUUGCCUACCGUCUGUAAGCUGUUAGCGUUCCACAGGUGAAUGUUCAUUAACUGUUUAUGGUUCAUUGAACAAGCAUGGGAAACAGUGUUUAAACCCUUUACAAUAUGACUGUAAGUCGCUUUGGAUAAAAGCGUCUGCUAAAUGGCAUAUUAUUAUUAUAUUAUUACAAUGAAGAUCUGUGAAGUUAUUUGGAUUUUUACUAAUUAUCUUUGAAAGACAGGGUUGAGUUUAUUUCUAUGAUGAAACAUACCGAUAUGUAGCUAUACCCAGGGGUGUCAUUUGGGUUCUUGCAUCGGAAUGAUAUUAAAUUCUGCAGUAACCGAGUAUUCCAGCCACCCUCUUCCUAUGAACCAGUUGCUAUUAAAUUAAUGUUUUUGGACAGAAAACCUGCGACUAGGGUAGGAUUCUAUAAUCUUCGGGAAAGAAGGGUUCCAAAAGGGUUCUUCGGCAGUCCCCUUAGGUUAAAUCUUUUUGGUUCCAGGUAGAACCCUUUUGGGUUUCAUGUAGAACCCUCGGUGGAAAGGGUUUUAUAUGGAACCAAAAGGGUUCUACCUGGAACCAAAACGGGUUCUUCAAAGGGUUCUCCUAUGGGGACAGCAGAAUAACCAUUUGAUGUUCUAGAUAGAAAAAAAAGGUGCUAAGAGUGUACACUAACCUGGGCUGGCUCCUCUGUUCCAAGAUUGUCAGGAACAAUCGGAGGUGGAGGGGGUUGUGGAGUCAGUAUCCUGGCGGAGCUUGUGGAAGGGUGGGUAGGCUCUGCACGUGGAGUUAGCUGGAGCUCGGUAGCAUCAUCGCUGCUGGGCUUGGCGGCGGCCUCGAUGGUUUGAUGCUGCUCAUUGCUCUCCUUUUCCCUUUGGCUUUGUUUUGGUACUUUGGCAAAGCCAAUUUAUAAUAUCCAUCAUGGCAGUGGCAGAUUAGCUGGUUAGUGCUAGCUAAAUAGGCUAAGGCUAAUAACACAAACGCUUUUCAUAGCUAGCUUAGAAGCUAACUAAACUCUGUGGUGGUGGGGCGUGAGGCAGAGAUGAGUGAAGCAGCUUCAACGGUAAACUUGACCCCGCCCUUAUAAAUCAAAAUCAAAUAUUACAGGCGGAGGCGCAUCACGUUAUUCACAGCCUACCACAGAUGAGAAGCGUUUUUCCCGCUUUUUAUGGAAACCCAAAGGAGUCAUACCUAACCACCCCUGUGGCUUUCCAUGGCCCCCCUGCACACACCGCGGUGCGCUCUGUCCAUUGUGCUGACACAACGCAGCAGAGAUACAGAUUUUGCACCAACCUGACAAUUAAUCAUUUGAACUUUUCUGCUAUUUUUAUAUAGGGACAUAAAACUAAAACUGAGGGGGGCACAAGUUUCAACUGAAGGGGCUAAGUCCCCUUUUGCCCCCUCGUGGAGCUAGGCCCAAGUUCCCAUGAAAGUCUACCCACUGUCACCAGGCUCAUUGUUAAGAUUGGGCAAGGAAGUUUCAGUGUAACUUGUACCAGAUUGGCUUCACGUCACACAUACUUCAGUGUGCAGGUGACCCGCCCUACGCAUUCCUAGCCUGCCUGAUGCGACUGAAGUGGUAGACAUCUAGGGAGAGCUGUGACACACUGGUCUGGACAAGAGUCCUAAAGUUGUUUUGGAUUAGAAAAUCCAACAGUUGUAUUGGAAGGGGGCGGUGCUUGGGGCCAUGUGGGUGUUUGACUGAGAAAGAAAUAGACUUUCCAGACUCUGAGGUCAGGAAGACUUCGCAGACUAACGCAGUCCGCCCCCUCAAACACUGUUGGGAGCUAGCCCUAACAUUAACUAACUAGUUUGCAAGUCAAGCGUGAAGCCGAGACAUUAUGUGGAAACAACCAUCUAGCUACCUAUUGGCCAGUCAUGGCAGCAUUUGAGAAGAAGCUGCUCAUAGUGGGAGAUGGAGCAUGUGGGAAGACCAGUCUGCUCAUUGUCUUCAGUGUAGACCGGUUCCCCGAGGUCUACGUGCCCACUGUCUUCGAGCAAUAUGUACUUGAGUGA